CUACUUCCGGUAGGAGCCUCGCAGGAAUGGUCUCCGGGUAGAGGCAGGUAAGGAUGUCCCGGGCCGGUGGAGAAGGCAGAGCUGGGCGUGUGGCUUCGCUUGGAAUCCGAAUCAGAGCUUGGACCAGAGCCUUCCCUGAGGAUGCUGAAGCAACACCUUCUUUGGAUUGAGUUUCUUCCAGAGGGAACGAAGAAGAGGAUUAAAUAAUACAUUCAAUUCUAAAAUAAGACAUGGCCCAUGAGUUGGUGAUGUUCAGAGAUGUGGCUAUAGAUGUCUCUCAGGAGGAAUGGGAAUGCCUGAACCCAGCGCAGAGGAAUUUGUACAAGGAGGUGAUGUUGGAGAAUUAUAGCAACUUGGUGUCACUUGGACUUUCUGUUUCUAAGCCAGCCGUAAUCUCCUCAUUGGAGCAAGGGAAGGAGCCCUGGAUGGUUGUGAGGGAAGAGACAGGAAGAUGGUGCCCAGGUACAUGGAAAACUUGGGGAUUUCACAAUAAUUUCUUGGACAAUAAUGAGGCUACAGACAUAAAUGCAGACUUGGCAUCCAGAGAUGAGCCCCAGAAGUUAUCUCCAAAAAGGGAUAUUUAUGAAACAGAAUUAUCCCAGUGGGUUAACAUGGAAGAAUUUAAAAGCCAUAGUCCUGAGAGAUCAAUUUUCAGUGCUAUCUGGGAAGGCAACUGUCAUUUUGAGCAACAUCAGGGACAAGAGGAGGGUUAUUUUAGACAACUUAUGAUUAACCAUGAAAACAUGCCCAUUUUUAGCCAACAUACUUUACUCACUCAAGAAUUUUAUGAGAAAAUCUCUGAAUGUAAAAAGUGUAGAAAAAUCUUCAGUUACCAUUUAUUUUUUAGUCACCACAAAAGAACUCAUUCUAAAGAACUUUCUGAAUGUAAAGAAUGCACAGAAAUUGUUAAUACACCAUGCCUUUUUAAACAACAGACAAUUCAAAAUGGUGACAAAUGCAAUGAGUGUAAAGAAUGUUGGAAGGCCUUUGUUCAUUGCUCACAACUUAAACAUCUAAGAAUUCAUAAUGGUGAAAAACGCUAUGAAUGUAACGAAUGUGGGAAGGCCUUUAAUUAUGGCUCAGAACUUACUCUACAUCAAAGAAUUCACACUGGUGAGAAACCUUAUGAAUGUAAAGAAUGUGGGAAGGCCUUUAGACAGCGAUCACAGCUUACUCAACAUCAGAGACUUCAUACUGGUGAAAAACCCUAUGAAUGUAAGCAAUGUGGGAAGGCUUUUAUUCGUGGCUUUCAACUUACUGAACAUCUGCGACUCCAUACUGGUGAGAAACCUUAUGAAUGUAAAGAAUGUGGAAAGACUUUUAGGCAUCGCUCACAUCUUACUAUACAUCAGAGAAUUCAUACUGGUGAGAAACCCUAUGAAUGUCGGGAAUGUGGGAAGGCCUUUAGCUAUCACUCAAGCUUCUCACACCAUCAGAAAAUUCAUUCUGGCAAGAAACCUUAUGAAUGUCAUGAAUGUGGGAAGGCUUUUUGUGAUGGCUUACAACUAACCCUACAUCAGAGGAUUCAUACUGGUGAGAAACCCUAUGAGUGUAAGGAAUGUGGGAAGACUUUUAGACAGUGUUCACACCUCAAAAGACAUCAGAGAAUUCAUACUGGUGAGAAACCUCAUGAAUGCAUGAUAUGUGGUAAGGCCUUUAGACUUCAUUCACACCUUAUUCAACAUCAAAGAAUUCAUACUGGUGAGAAACCCUAUGAAUGUAAGGAAUGUGGGAAGGCCUUUAGCUAUCAUUCAAGCUUCUCACACCAUCAGAGAAUUCAUUCUGGAAAGAAACCUUAUCAAUGCGGGAAGGCGUUUAAUCAUAGAUUACAACUUAACUUACAUCAGACUCUUCAUACUGGUGAGAAGCCAGUCAGGUUUCCUCUCCUCCCUCCCCAUCCUAGUCUAGCAUCAUGAAAUUUGUUGAUGGAAAUAUACAUUGUCUUUGUUUUAUUUAAGGAAAAAGUUGGUAAGCCACCAGUUUCAUUAGUAUUGAUUUAUUUAAAUAAUCCUUGAAAAUCAAAUGUUUUUAAGUGAGAAAGUGGAAAACUAAUUAAAGUGUAAAUUUUGGUCUCAUUUUAA